AUGUGUGACUCUGCCGCAGACACAGGAGCACUUGUUCAUCAAGUGGACUGUCUCGGUCAGUUGAAAAAGCCUUUAACAAAGCUUUAUGACAACCUGAGGGCCAAUAGCAAUGAUGUUCACUUGGGAUUCUAUGAGAACUUACUAUCCUGGUCCCAGUGCCCAAAUAUCCAGCAGUUCCUGGACAAGUCUUAG